AUGGAUCAAAUUAAACAUCAUCAAAUGCAACAAACCACUGAAGGCAGUAAUGGUGUUUUUCAGAAACCAGACAACUUACUAAAGAAGCCUACUAUUCUUCAAUUCUUAAUCUCUCUUCUCUCAAUACUUUCCUUAAUCUUGUCCUACUCAUCUUCACAGAUUCCUGCUUUUUCUUCCCUUUCUUUUCAUUUAUUUACUUACACUAUUGAUAGGAAGUACAUGUUCCUCCUUUGUAAUGGAAUCCUUGUAUUCCUUGCCAGAAACUUCGAAUUCCUCUCUUCCACUGAUCAGCAUCAGCAGUACUUUAGUGACAAACUAAGCACAGGAAACGUAGACCAGUUGUGGUUGAAGCCGGAGGUUUUGGAGGUGGAUGGUUAUGAGGGAGUAUUUGUCAAGGAGAGUACAGGGACUUCAGAAACUUGUGAUGACGAACUACUAGUCAUCGAUGAAGGGGGGAAAGAAGUAACAGAAUGUCUAAAAGAAGAGGAAUAUGAGUUAAUGACUACCAAAGACAGCGAGAAAGAUGAGAAAAUUGGAACUUUGUUUACCAAGGAUGAUGAGGAAGAGGAUGCUAAAAUACAUUCACAUUUUAGCGCAGAAAGUAAUGGCUACCCUGCUUCCCAAAUUGACGUGGCAGUGCUCACGGCUCAGUAA